CGCGCAAGUAAGAAGGAUCAUGGUCGACACUGGAAGCUCGGCCGAUAUACUUUAUUGGGACGCCUUCCAAAAGCUCGGCCUGGUAAAGGAGAACAUGAAGCCGGUAUGCUCAACGCUCACGGGGUUCACCGGCGCCUCAAUCUCGUCACUAGGGGUUAUCACCCUGCCCCUAACUUUGGGAGUUUUCCCGAGGACAAAGACAGUGAUGACCUCCUUUCUAGUGGUCGACCUCCCCACGGCAUACAACGCCAUCCUCGGACGGCCAACCCUCAACAAGAUCCGAGCCGUCAUCUCAACUUACUACCAAACCAUCAAGUUCCCGACCCACGAUGGGGUCGGAGAAGUAGCGGGGAACUCCUGGGAGUCCAGGCGUUGCUACUUAAUCGCCGUAUCGCUAAACAAGAGAGCGAGGGUCCAAUUCCAGCUGGAGGACCCCCGGGAGGGAAAAAAACCGACCCCCCGCCCCGAGCCGAAGGAAUCCACCAUCGACUUACCGCUGAUCAAAGGCAGGCCCGACCAAACAGUCAAGAUCGGGUCAGGACUGCCCGAACAGGAGCAACAGCAGCUCGUCGGCCUUCUGCAAGCCAACGCCGACAUCUUCGCUUGGACGCCAUCUGACCUGGUAGGAGUCCACCCGGAAGUCGUGCAACACCACCUAAACAUCUCGCCCGAUGCCCGUCCGGUGAAACAAAGGCCCAGGCGGCAGGCCCCAGAUCGGCAACUUGCCAUCCGAGAAGAGUCUCAACAAUGCUUGCCCAAAAGAUUGCUACCCCCUACCGAAGAUCGACCAGCUAGUCGACGCCACAGCCGGCCACGCCCGUCUCUCGUUUAUGGAUGCCUUCUCCGGGUACAACCAAAUCAGGAUGGCACCCGAAGACCAAGAACACACAGCUUUCCUCACCGAGCAGGGGAUAUAUUUUUACAAAGUCAUGCCGUUCGGGUUGAAAAAUACCGGGGCCACCUACCAAAGGACGGUGAACAGGAUGUUCGCCCACCAGAUUGGACGAAACAUGGAGGUAUAUGUCGACGACAUGAUCGUGAAAAGCCGAACAGCCGAAGCUCAUCCUUCCGACCUGGCUGAAACAUUCGACACCCUGCGAAGGUUCGGCCUGCGCCUCAACCCUGCCAAGUGCGCCUUUGGCGUAACCUCAGGAAAAUUCCUCGGAUUCAUCAUACACGAGAGAGGGAUUGACGCCAACCCGGAAAAGGUCCAGGCUGUCAUAGACAUGCAGCCCCCUCGGACGAUCAGAGACCUGCAACGCCUUAACGGGAGGUUAGUCGCCCUAUCACGCUUCCUUUCCCGAUCGGGAGAUCGCUG